AUGCAACACAUCAUCGAUAACCACCCCGACAUGGCCACCGCGCUGCUGGCGGGCGAGAAGCUGAAGGAGCUCAUCCUGCCGGGGCAGCAGGAUGACAAGGCGGGUGCGCUGGCGGCUCUGCUCCUCCAGCUGAAGCUGGAGCUGCCCUUCGACCGCGUGGUCACCAUCGGCACCGUCCUCAUCCCCAUCCUCCUCGUCACCCUCGUCUUCACCAAGAACUUCGCCGAGGAGCCAAUAUACUGUUAUACACCACACAACUUCACCCGCGAUCAAGCCUUGUAUGCCAGAGGAUAUUGUUGGACAGAAUUAAAAGAUGCCUUGCCAGGAGUUGAUGCCAGCCACUGGCCCUCCUUGUUUGAGCAUAAGUUCCUACCUUAUGCACUGCUGGCUUUUGCUGGGAUAAUGUACAUUCCAGCUCUGGGCUGGGAAUUUCUGGCCUCCACCCGACUGACUUCAGAGCUUAAUUUUUUGCUUCAGGAGAUCGAUAACUGCUACCACCGUGCAGCUGAAGGGCGGGCACCAAAAAUAGAGAAACAGAUUCAGUCCAAAGGCCCGGGGAUUACCGAGAGAGAGAAGAGAGAAAUCAUUGAGAAUGCAGAGAAGGAAAAAAGCCCUGAACAGAACUUGUUUGAGAAAUACCUGGAAAGAAGAGGACGAAGUAACUUUUUAGCUAAGCUUUACCUUGCGAGACAUUUGUUCAUCAUCUUUUUAAGCAUCAUACCAAUUACAUACUUAUCUACCUACUAUGCUACACAGAAGCAAAAUGAAUUUACAUGUGCACUAGGAGAGCCUCCAGACAAAACGAGCAGCUCCAAAUUGCACAUCAGAGUGAACUGUAAGCUGCCAUCUGUCCAGCUCCAGCGGAUUAUUGCUGGUGUAGAUAUCGUUCUCCUCUGCUUCAUGAACUUGAUAAUCCUCAUCAACUUAAUUCACCUCUUCAUAUUUCGCAAGUCCAACUUCAUAUUUGAUAAACUGAACAAAGUUGGAAUAAAGACCAAGAAACAGUGGCAAAAGUCCCAGUUUUGUGAUAUCAAUAUUUUGGCCAUGUUUUGUAAUGAAAAUCGGGACCACAUAAAAUCAUUGAACCGUCUGGAUUUUAUUACAAAUGAAAGCGAUCUGAUGUAUGAUAAUGUGGUACGCCAGCUGCUUGCAGCAUUGGCCCAGUCCAAUCAUGAUGCCACUCCAACCAUGCGUGAUUCAGGGAUCCAAACAAUAGACCCAAGCGUUGAUCCAGCAGACAUUGAUGCUAAUGAGCAGCUCAUCAUUAAGAGACCAAGGAAAAAGAUGAAAUGGAUCCCAACUACCAAUCCCCUUCCUCAGCCAUUCAAGGAACAGUUAGCCAUUAUGAAGGUUGAAAACCAUAAACCUGAAAAACCGAAGCCUGUGCGGAGAAAAACAGCAACAGACAGCCUUAUAGCUCCUUUGUUAGAGUCCGCCGCAAAAACCUCACAGCAAUCGUCCACUCAUAAAACUGAGCCAAAUGCCAUCCCAAGCACAAGCAGUGAAAAAAAACACACACGACACUUUUCCUUGGAUGUUCAUCCAUACAUACUUAGUAGCAAAAAACCCAAGCCAGAGAUUCAAGCCAUCCCCUCGAUGUCUACGUCAAAAAGCCAAGAGGGUGGAUUUUUAAACCAGGAAGAGAAUGUCGUAGUACACGUUACCUCCUCUCUCAAAGACACCCCUGAUCCUGCAAAAGAGAUCCUAUACUCAUCUGAGACAUGCAGAACUGUGCCUGCUGCCGGGGCUUUUGUCACAUGUAACCACAACCAUAUAGCCGCAACUGCUGCUGCAACGAGUAUGACUUUGAACCAAGUCAAGCCAGAGCCAACAUCUGCACUGAACUGCAACCCAGCCCACCCUUUGCUGCACAUCAACACACUGUACGAGGAUCACGAGGAGGAAGUUUCAAACAUAAUAGACAAUGGUAUUCACUCACCAACUGACACCGGGGAAAUUCUCUCCAUCCCUACCCCAAAGCAGAUAAGGUUGGCAACAUUUGAUGAACCAAUGGCAAUCGUGAGCUCGGUGGAGUACUGA